CUAGCCUGACUCGCGGCGGCAGCGUCUUCUUCUCGUUUGUCUGUCACCGCCUUGAGCCGACACUGUUCUGUUGAGAUCGAUGACGAGCCCGAAAUCGGUAAUCUUGAUGUCUUCUCCCUUGGUCACCUGCACAAUAAAGAAAUGGGUGCGAAUGGACGUUGCAGUCUUGCAACUUACAAGUAUGUUGCCGGGCUUCAAGUCACGAUGUACUAUAUUCUUGUCGUGAAAUGACUGCACGCCCUCACAAAUCUAUCCGACGACAGAUGAACGGGUGCUCUGAUUCAGCCCUCUGUGCCCGUAUUAGCUACUUACCUGUUUCGCAAACUUGUCGCGGAGAUUGGCCGGCAGAGGACCCUUCGUCCUCUCGAGAAACGACUGCAGUGAGCCACCCUCGCACAACUCUGAGACACACGAAAGCAACCACCAGGCAAGAAAAGUCAGAGGGUAACGAGCACAUGGACAACCCACCCACCUGAUAUGAUCAUGGGUCCGUAAGUUUCGUGAGAGCAGAUGCCCAGAAAGGUGAUGACAUAGGGGUGCCUGAUAUGCAACAUCGGCUCCACCUCCUUCAAGACGUCGUCAUAGAGAACCUGUAUGAAAACAUGUCGUAUCUAUUCGUUGGUCCGUGGAUCGAGCUGCCGUGCCGACGUGGAUGGGUAUGAUUUUCCUGUCCUCCUCAUUGACGACCUUGAUAGCCACCGGCUGACCUUUCCACAGCCCCUUGUAAACCGUGCCAAAGCCUCCGGCUCCUUGACAGACGCACACAUUCAAUUGACCAGAUGUGGGCAUGCGAUGGCCUCUGGCUCACCGAGUCUGUCUGCCUCGCUGAAUCUGAUGUUUUGCCGAUCGAUGCGCAGGCGGAGAGCCGCCGCCAUGACGGACUGCUUAUCGCCCUUUUUCGUCGUCUACGAACACAAAGCCAAAGCAAGUGGGUCGUGUGUGAUGAGCAGGUGCCCUCUCACGUAUUUCAUCGGCGGUGCCGGUGCCUGUCCUGAUGCAUUCUGGCCAGAUGGCACUGCAACGCACACAGCAUUGGAUGCAAUGAUGUGCCAGAUCAGCAUGUGAAGACAGACAGACCUGUUUGCUGCUUGUAUUUUUCCAUGAUCUCUCUGAUUUUCGGCUUCCCAGCCGCCAAAUCCCACGGCGUUUUUCCCUGCCAAAUUCAAAUGCGUCACUGAAUCAUUCGACCAUUCACAAGUCUGUGUGCACUUGUUUCGUCGUUCUUGAUGUCGAGGAGAUUGACCCCGGCCUCAACGCCCCACUCCAAGCUGCAUUUGGGCACAGAGGGUGAGGAGAGAGAGACUACAUAAUGGUUGGUUUGGGUUGUUCAUUAGUGCCGCUUACAGCUGAGCCACCGAAUCGCGUCCGCUGUUCUUGACAGCCUCGUGCAGCACUGUCUCUCCGACCUGUGUGUGUGAUGCUCAGAGCAGGGCCGUCAAGGAAGGACUGCGAGAAGGGAAUCUGCUUCUCACCUCGGUCUGGUGUGUGAGGAUGUUCUGCUUGUCGUGCCCUUUGGCAUACAUGGCUUUCAGCACAUCAACCCAAUAAUUCGCAGCAAUAAACGGCGUCUGACCAGUGUAGAUCUAUCGGUUGACGUGCUUUACAACCGCUCACACGUCCAUUCAGUCAAAUCAAGCUGCACGCAAAGGUCUGUG